CAUAGCCCCACAAAAAUGGGGUUUGGAGGGAAAAGGUAUGAGCUUGAUAUCAAAGAGCCUACAAUGAAUGAUGACCUCAGGAACCUGUCCCUUUCCGGCCACGUGGGCUUCGACAGCCUCCCUGAUCAGCUGGUCAACAAGUCAACGUCCCAGGGCUUCUGCUUCAACAUCCUCUGCGUUGGUGAAACCGGCAUUGGCAAGUCCACGUUGAUGGACACUCUGUUCAACACCAAGUUCGAGAGCGAACCGGCGACACACAACGAGCCCGGCGUGAGGUUGAAAGCCCGGAGUUAUGAGCUGCAGGAGAGCAACGUGCGCCUGAAGCUGACCAUCGUGGACACCGUGGGGUUUGGAGAUCAGAUUAACAAGGAUGACAGCUACAAGCCCAUAGUAGAAUACAUUGAUGCACAGUUUGAAGCCUACUUGCAAGAAGAGCUGAAGAUCAAACGGUCCCUGUUCAACUACCACGACACCCGGAUCCACGCCUGCCUCUACUUCAUUGCGCCCACCGGGCACUCGCUCAAGUCCCUGGACCUGGUCACCAUGAAGAAGCUCGACAGUAAGGUGAACAUCAUCCCCAUCAUUGCCAAGGCUGACACCAUUGCAAAAAACGAGCUGCACAAGUUCAAGAGUAAAAUCAUGAGUGAGCUGGUCAGCAACGGCGUCCAGAUCUACCAGUUCCCCACGGACGAAGAGACGGUGGCCGAGAUCAACGCCACCAUGAGCGUCCACCUUCCUUUUGCUGUUGUUGGCAGCACCGAAGAAGUGAAGAUUGGCAACAAGAUGGCAAAAGCCAGGCAGUACCCCUGGGGUGUCGUGCAGGUUGAAAAUGAAAAUCACUGUGACUUUGUGAAGCUGCGGGAGAUGCUGAUCCGAGUGAACAUGGAGGACCUGAGAGAGCAGACGCACACCCGGCACUACGAGCUGUACCGGCGCUGCAAGCUGGAGGAGAUGGGAUUCAAGGACACGGAUCCGGACAGCAAGCCUUUCAGUCUCCAAGAGACUUAUGAAGCAAAGAGGAAUGAAUUCCUGGGCGAACUCCAGAAGAAGGAGGAUGAAAUGAGGCAGAUGUUUGUCAUGCGAGUGAAGGAGAAGGAAGCAGAGCUGAAGGAAGCGGAGAAAGAUCUUCAUGAAAAGUUUGACCAUCUAAAGAGGACUCACCAAGAAGAGAAGAAGAAAGUGGAAGACAAAAAGAAGGAACUCGAGGAAGAGCUGAACAACUUCCAGAAGAAGAAGGCGGCAGCUCAGCUGUUACAGUCACAGGCUCAGCAGGCAGGUUCUCAACAAACCAAGAAAGACAAGGACAAGAAAAAUGCAAGCUUCACAUAAAGCCUGUCGAGCCAAGGAUGUUCCUGCAUUCACCUGCUUUUGCAGUAAUGUGUCUCUGCCAUCUGUUUUCUUUUUCUUUUUUGGUUUUCUUUUUUCAUUUUUUAACAUGAAUAACUCAUCUAAUAACAUAGGGGGAACAAGAAGGAAGAGGGAUGGGUACAGGACUGUAUGCAACUGGAAGUUCAGGGGCGGGUGGAGGGACAAGGUAACGAUACCGUGUGUUUUUGUCACCAAAACCAUCAGCUGUAAAUCAGUUUUGGCCCCCAGUUUAACCAAGAGUCAGGGCUGGGUGUCAGCAGCUCGGGUGAGCAGCGUUGACCUGCUCAGGUGUCCUCAGUGCUGCAGUAACCUGUGCUGAGGGAGCCCCUGGACUGGCAGAAACCAGCCCCAGGGAAUCGCUGCUGUAGGAAUGUCACAACCAGCCCAUGGCAGUGGCUAAACCUGGAGUUUAGCCUGGCCCAUAUUCCUGGAGUAGCUGAUGUGUUCCAGCAGUAGCUGCUGGGGAGAGGGAGGGGGGUGUGUGUAGAUAACCCAGUGUAACUGACCCUGCAUGCCAUGACAUUUGCAUGAUAAUGUGUUUUAGUUGCUGUUUUUGUUGUCUGACCUGACUGUGGCUCGGGUUUGUUUGUUGUCCUGUGCUGGCCUGUUUUUCACAGCCACCCUUCCAGUUCAGCCCAGCAGCUGAGGGUGCCCGGGGGCAGGAGCAUUCCCAGCACUGCUGUCCCUGCAGUACUUGCUCGAAACCUUUGGAACCUCCCUUAAAAUCCUACCUGGUUUCCAACGGGUUAGCAGCCCUUGUGGAACCAAAUGCUUGGGCAGGGGGGACAUAGAGCCUUCAACAUCCUCUUAGAGCCUCCAGGAGCGUUCCUGCACACAGUUAAAUACAGACUUGCAGUGGGAUCCACAAUUCCAGGUCAAGGGAGAGAAGGUACCCGGACACACUCUGUGCUCCCCACCAGCCCUCCUGCACCAGGGGCAGUGUUCCGUUCAGGUGUCCCUUGAACGUGCCAGGGACAUGUAGGAUAAGCCAGGCCUUGCUCUGGACAGGGUGGAAGGGGAUCUGUUUAAUGUGUAUUUUCUAUGCCAUUGCUUUUGGACAGAGUCUUUCCCUUCCUUCCCCAGAAGUGGCGAGCCAGGCUUAUCCAAUGACCCCUGGGUUCCUUUCUCUCCUGCUGAUGCACAGCCAGCACUUGCUCUGCUCCUGGCUGGGGAGUCUCCUUUCCUUUCUUUAAAGCACUCCUACACAUAACUCCUCCCACCUGAGUCUCACACACUGCAGCUCUUUGCUUGUUUCUGGAUGGAAUUUCUCCAGGGGAAAAAAAAGGGUAGAAUUAUCUCUUUUUUUAUUACUUCUUCCUCAGGUGUUGCUGUUGAGAAGUGUGCUGGGGGGGGUUAGCUUAUGGGUUGUCUUGCUUUUAACCCUGGCUGCUUAAACAUGGCUUUGGGAAGAGGAUAUCUAAAUGCCAUGUCUUGGACAGAAAAGAAAAGUGGAUAAGUAAGCUGGAAAUAAAAUGGUUGACUCUUUUAUCCUUUUCUUUUUUUUUCUUUUUCUUUUUUUUUUUUUUUUUACCUCCUGCUCUUGCCAGCAAUGCACUUUUUGCCAUGUUAAAUAGGUUUGCUGCAGGGUUGUUUGGAAAAAUGAAAUUCUGGUCCUUGUGGCUUUUGGCAAACCCAGCUUUCAAAUCUUAAGUUAUGAAGGAAGAAGCUUGGGUUGUUUGCAUGAGUUUUUUACAGUCCAAUCACAUGCCCAUCACCGAGUGCUCGUGGCAAUAUGCUUCACUUCAGCUGUCUCUGUGCAUGUCCUCUUUUUAAUUACCAGUGUUUUGUGCCAAGUUGCAAACUUAAUUUUAACAUUUAUUUGUACUGCUUCAUUUAACAGCCCUUCAAGGGAUGUUUAGCAGGGGAAAUCAGCUGAGUUGAGCUUUUGCUUUUUGACAGAAAGCAGUGGCCAAGUGCAUUAAUGACUUUUUGGUUGAGUUUCUUUCUCCAGCAAAAAGCAAGCUGUGUUGGAGAAACUGGGAAUAAACCACAAGCUUGCAGAUGUCCAAGGUAUUGUUUUGUUUUUUACCACAGGAGAUGAUAAUGACUUCUUUUUUUCACCUUAAACCCCUGGGCCAUGUUUAGCUUGUCACUGCUGCACUUCUUGCUUUUCUUUCUAAUGCCUUUUUUCACAGUAGCCCCUGGUGUGCAUGGAGUGAGUGAUACACUCAGGGCUGGCUGGAUGUGCUUUCACCUUUGCAUGUAAGUACAGCAGCAAGAGACUCACCUUCCUGCCUCGCUCCUGACAGGAAACCAGUCGUGCUUUUCUGGGAGAUUAAGUCCACUUCCUUACAAGUGGCAUGGCUAAAACCCCCUAAAACUGUCUGCAGGCUGCUUGUGCUGAGCUGUUGUAGAAAAGCUGUAGGGAGCACAACAUCCAGCUCCUGUUGGAUGCCUAGAGCUGCCUAGAUCCCUGGGCAGCUUCCCUGCAUGCCAGAAGCUGGACACAUGGUUGGGCAAAGCCUUGCUUGGGAGGCCCUGCCACAUGGAACAUGAUUAGACAGCCAUGAUAAGGAGCUGAUGAUGCUGUGUGCUCCUGACUGCGUUUCAAACCUCAGUCUCCUGUAAAGGAUCAGGAAAGCGCACUGAAACUUGCAUUUUCUGGGAUGGUGGUGUUCCCAGGGCAUGAAACAAACCCCUGGGAUGGAAAAACACAGUCAGGUUGCUGAGAGGGGCUGUGACUGCUCUGUACAGGUUGGGCACCCGUGGGUCUGGCAGGCAGACGAAAAGGAGGAGGCAGAUGAGGAUUUGCUCCCCCAGAACCAUCCGGGGCUUGCACAGUUCCUUUCUGGGAGGGCAGUUAAGUGGGAAGGAUCCCUUUGAGCUCGUGGUCAUUAAAUGCAUUGUCUUGCAUCUCCUGUGGCACGGGGUCUCUGGGAGCAGGGAAAGUAGUGCCUGGCACCCACCCUGGGCUCCUUGUCACAGCCAGCCUGAAAUCCCACCAGGAGAUCGGUGUCUCUCUGGACACGUGUCUGUGUUUACCACGAGCGGUGUUUCCCCAGGCAGCUCUUGUUCUGCUUCUCCUAAACCGUCCAAGUGUGGAUGGAAGUGUCUUUUUGUGUGUGAUCAUGUCAGAUCUGUCCAUUUGGCUCCAGUUCCCUUUGCCCUUCGGAGGUGUUGGAAGAGGGGGGGUGUGUUCCUUCUCCGAGGGCCCAGGUUGCAUUUGCGGUGUGUGAUAUCCAGCAAGGAGCUGUACAAAUAUGAAGGGGUUUUUUUAAUUCACGGAAAAUAAAGCUGUGAACAGCGGUAGAAAUCUUGUAUUUGUAUACAUUUUUAAUAUCCUGAUUGCCUUAAACCAUAGAUGUAGGACUUUAUUACCUUGCUAUUGGAAAAUAACCCGUGUUUGUAACUAAAUAAUUGUGUAACCGACAUACAGUGUUAAUGCAAGUGAUAUGUAUGCAUCUGUUAGAUAUUGUCACUUUAUUUGAUGUGAAAGUAUUUCAGUUUUGGAAUUACAGAUGGAAUAAUAACCUUAGAGCAUAAGCUCAAGUUAUUUCUUGUAUGUGCUUCAGGUUACAGAUCCAAAUAGUGCCAACACUUGAAGUGGGGAGAGGAAAUAUAUUUUUACCCAAA